UGUGAGCGCUGCCCCACGGAAAACCCAGAGGAGGCCCCGAGCGACCGCAGCGCCGCCGCAGCCCGGGCGAGGGCGCAGAGCCCGGUGCCGGCAGCCUUCCUUCCCCUUCCCCGCCUCUCUGCCCGUAUAAGCGGGGCGGGCGUCCCCAACCAGGCCCGCCAGACCGGUUGGUUCCUGAGGGCCGCGCUGCUCUCCCCGCCUCCCUGAGGCGCGGCCAGGCCCGACGCGGCCUGGCGUGCUGCGGCCGCACCGAGGCCGGGGGGCUCCAUGGCCUUCAUCCGCAAGCGGCAGCAGGAGCGGGAGCUGUACUCCAAGGAGAGGUUUUCACUGCUGCUGCUUAACCUGGAAGAAUAUUACUUUGAACAACACAGAGCUAGUCAUAUCAUAAAUAAAGGUUGCAGAGAUGAAAGGAAAAUAAGAGGUUCCCUAAAAAUCUGCUCAAAGUCAAUCAUUUUUGAACCUGAUGAGAAUCUGCAACCCAUUAUCAAGAUACCGUUGAGAGACUGCAUUAGUAUAAAAGCACCAGAAGACAAUGAAGCAAAAAAUCCAUUCUUACGGGAGAUAUCUGGAGGGAUUUCUGUUGUGUGUAAUCAGGUUUUUCUCAUUAAAGAAAGGAAUGUUAUUGCACCCUACAAAACAAUAAGAGGCAAAACAGAACACCUAUUCCAAUUGGAUGUAGCUGGGAAACUAGGAGAUGUUGUGCAAACUCUACAUCAGCUCUACAGGGCUUCUUGUCUAGAUAAGAUGGGAGAUCAAGCUGCCAUGAUAACUGCUAUACUGCAAUCCCGUUUGGCUAGAACUUCAUUUGAUAAAAACAGAUUUCAAAGCAUUUCUGAAACGCUGCGUAUGGAAUGUAAAGCAGAAAUGGUGACACCACUGGUGACUAAUCCAGGGCAUGUGUGUGUUACUGAUGCUAACUUGUACUUCCAGCCUCUUAAUGGAUAUCCUAAACCAGUAGUACAAAUAACACUGCAGAAUGUACGCCGCAUCUAUAAAAGAAGACAUGGUCUAAUGCCACUGGGACUCGAAGUAUUUUGCUCAGAAAAUGAUAUAUGUUCUGACAUCUACUUGAAAUUCUACAACUGUCAAGAUCGAGAUGAGCUCUAUUACCUUAUUGCAGCAUAUAUAGAAAAUCAUAUUACGGAGCAUACAGCUGAGAGUUACAUGUUGCAAUGGCAGCGAGGACAUAUAUCAAACUACCAGUAUCUGCUUCAUCUCAAUAAUCUAGCUGAUAGGAGCUGCAAUGAUCUCUCCCAGUAUCCUGUAUUUCCCUGGAUCAUAGCAGACUACUCUAGUGCAGAAUUAGAUCUGACAAAACCUGAAACAUUCCGUGACCUCAGUAAACCAAUUGGUGCCCUGAAUAAAGAGAGACUGGAGAGAUUAUUGACACGUUAUGAGGAAAUGCCAGAACCUAAGUUCAUGUAUGGGAGCCACUAUUCAUCCCCGGGUUAUGUUUUGUUUUAUCUUGUUAGAGUUGCUCCAGAAUACAUGCUCUGUCUGCAGAAUGGAAAGUUUGAUCAUGCUGACAGAAUGUUCAACAGUGUUGCAGAAACCUGGAAAAACUGUUUGGAUGGCGCAACAGAUUUCAAAGAGUUGAUUCCGGAAUUUUAUGAAAAUGAUUCUAGCUUUCUAGUAAACAGCUUGAAAUUGGAUUUGGGAAAAAGACAGGGUGGAAAAACCGUUGAAGAUGUAGAGCUUCCCCCUUGGGCAUCAGGUCCUGAUGACUUUCUUCAGAAGAGCCAAGAGGCUUUAGAAAGUCAGUACGUUUCAGAGCAUCUUCAUGAGUGGAUUGACCUCGUAUUUGGCUGCAAACAAAAAGGAAGCAAAGCUGUUACAGCUUGCAAUGUGUUUCAUCCAUUAACUUAUGAAGGAGGAGUGGAUUUAAACAGCAUUAUGGACCCCAAUGAGAAGGUAGCUUUGCUGACGCAAAUCUUGGAGUUUGGACAGACACCAAAACAGUUGUUUACAACUCCUCAUCCUCAACGGAUAAUGCCAAAAAGCUCCUCUAGAACAUCUAGUCACAGUGUUUCCAUAAGUGAAUCUCCAGUAUCUCCAAAUGAAGAAUCAUUUGAAGAUUUGACAGAAGAAAGCAUUACACUCGCUUGGAACAAUAUUUCUAAACUAAGACAAGAUGAACAAUAUAAAAUUCACAAAGAGGCAAUUACUGGAAUAGCAGUCACCUGCAAUGGGUCUUCUGUUUUCACCACAUCCCAAGACUCAACUCUGAAGAUGUUUUCCAAAGAAUCCAAAACACUCCAAAGAAGUGUGUCCUUUUCAAACAUGGCUUUGUCAUCUUGUAUCAUCUUGCCAGGAGAUACCACUGUCAUAAGUUCUUCAUGGGACAAUAAUAUAUAUUUUUAUUCAAUUGCAUUUGGAAGACGGCAGGACAUCUUAAUGGGACACGAUGAUGCUGUCAGCAAGAUUUGUUGGCGAGAAGGGUGUUUAUAUUCUGCAUCUUGGGAUUCCACUGUAAAGGUGUGGAAAUGCGUACCUGGAGAGACAUCGAGCAAUAAAAGAAACUGUUUUGAAUUGCUUGCAGAGUUAGAGCACGAUGUUAGUGUAAAUACGAUCGACCUUACUGCUUCAAACACUAUACUAGCAUCUGGAACCAAAGAGGGUACCAUUAGUGUUUGGGAUGUUACCACAGCAACAGCGUUACACCAGUUGCCUUGUCAUUCUGGUACUGUGUUUGAUGCUGCUUUUAGUCCCGAUGGCAGACAUCUACUCAGUGCAGGAGAAGACUGUUGUUUUAAGGUAAUAGAUGUACAGACUGGAAUGCUUAUAUCUUCUGUGACUGCUGAUGAGCCACAAAGGUGCUUCAGAUGGGAUGGAAAUACUGUCUUGUCAGGAAGUCAGUCUGGUGAAUUACUGACUUGGGACCUCCUUAAUGGAAAAGUUACUGAAAGAAUCAAAGGACAUGCAGGUGCUGUAACCUCCAUGUGGAUGAAUGAACAGUGCAACAGUGUUAUUACUGGAGGGGAAGACAAACAAAUUAUAUUCUGGAAACUGCAAUACUAAGUGCCUUUCCCUCCAGCUGUUUAAAUGAACUCUUUCAUUUUAAACCAAACCUUUUAAAGGAACUUAACUGUGUGCAAUGAUGGCUACUGAAGUUCAACCAGAAAAGAAGCUUUGCUCAACCACAACUUUCUGGUGACUUCACUGAGAGCUCUUAACUUCAAUAAUGUAUGUAUUGGGUUUUCAUAAACUACCAAAAAUGCUUUGUCUAAUAAUGUGAGAUAACAUUAAAGACCUAUUUUUCUGUAACUGAAGAGCUCCUAA